AUGGGUAUGCACCAGGAGAUGGGCGCUAGGCGACUGCCACGUCCGCCCCGUCAGUGCAAGGAAGUUCCUUCGGCUGCGUGCGGGGUUCUCAUGCCACAGCAUCAUCGGCGCGGGGAUGUGCGACACCCAACCGGCGCCGCCAAACGCAAGGCUGGUCGUCUGCCCGCCAACACCCAACACCGCAUCUCGACGAUGGACCACGCAGACAAAAGGGCCUCGUCCGGCACUUCCCUUCCCAGCCUCCACCGUAUCCACGCCCGCGCUCCUCUUUAUGGAGUUUGGCGAGCGAAAGAGGAAAGGGGCGAAGGAGUCGGCUUGGGCGGGAAACGGGGCGAGGACCCUCUUCCCCAGACGCUCAGGUCAGAAAAGCUGGGGGAGAACUGGGGCCCGGGCGAGAAAUGGGCCUAGCGCCACGCAACUCUCCACCCACCGUAAAGGGGGAUCUUCUUGGUGACCAACGCGAAGGGUUUUCAAGCAAGCGCGACGAGAUUUGGACGUUUGGAAAAGAAUCAAUCUAGAGACCCUCGCGGCGUCUGGAAACAAUGUCGGGCUCGUAGGGCCAUGUCAGGUCGCCUUUGCAGGCGGAGCCUCCCUGCGCGGAGUGGUGCCAGGCGAUGCGGGCGGUGGCUUCUGCGUGUGCUGAUUCUGGGCUGGUUGUGACGUCUGACCAGGAUACUGAUUGGCCGCUGCGAGAUGGCUGAGACGUUGCUUUAUUGCCUUGGUCGCACGCUACCCCGCUUCCUGCACCCGCGUGGGGUGUCCCGUCUGCUCCUUCUCUUGGCCUGCCCAGCGGCUCAGUUGGCCGCGUGAGCUCUUUCUCUCUGAGUGCGAGAUGCUCUGUCCGUGCUGGCACAGGCUAUUGCCGCUGGCAUCUGGCCCAGCUAGCCAGUCAACGCCCCCCGUUUCCCCCUGGGGCGGGCCCUGAUGAAGAAGGUUUGGGAGGACAUGAGG